CCUCUAUCCCAUGGCACCGUAAAAGGGGACAGUCACCUGAAAUCGGCACCGAAGAACAGAAACCGAGCCCAUCAUCGUCGAUUUCAAAAGAAAUAAAGGCGGCCUGAUAGAAUUUGAAGGAACAGUGCUUUAGGUCGAAGAUUAAGAAGGUCGAUUUUGAAGGAGGUAGAAGUGACAGUGUUUCCGCAAUGGCUACCGUGAAAAAGGAAACGAAAUCAGAAUCGUAGAGGUCAAGAGCGUGAAUGGUUGGAAUCAUUGAGUUCACUGCCUCUUCCUUGUAGUUUUAUUUACAAGAGAAUCUACCAUGGAACCAACUUGUGCUGCUUGUGCCAUGGAAUGGAGCAUCCAACUUGAGAAGGGUCUUCGAUCCGGUAAACCAGGUGUACCUGUCAAAGCCAUAUUGCAAAUGGGGCCCCACCUUCAGCGUUGGAGUAGAGAACUUGAAUCUGGUAUUGUUCCCAAUGGCAUGUUCGACCUUGUGCCAGGUGAAGAUGAGCUAUUUGCUAAUGCUAUUCUCUUACGCCUUGCUGAUGCUUUUAGGGGAGGCAACACAGAAAUCAGGCUUUCUGUUGUCAGAGUUUUCUUGAUCGAGCGAAAGCACCAUGAUAACAGGAAGCACAAGCAGUGUAAAGGGUUGCUGUCAAUGGCCAGAGUAGCUAACCACUUAGAGUUGUUGAGGCGGGUAAAAUCUGUUUUCAACAGUGGAGAUUCAGAGUCCAAGACACUGGCUCUAGUUCUGUUUGGUUGCUGGGCUGAUUUCGCCAAUGACAAUGCUCAAAUAAGAUACUUGAUACUUUCCAGCCUUGUUUCUCCUCAUGAUUGUGAGGUAAGAGCGUCAUUGUUUGCUGCCGGCUGCUUUUGUGAGAUAUCCAAUGAUUUUGCAUGUAUUACAUUGGAGAUGCUGUUUAACAUUAUAAAUUCACCUGCAGCAUCCUUGCCUAUAAAGUUGGCUGCAGCACGAAUUUUUGCAAAAUUCAAGUGCUCAUAUUCAGUUGCAAAGAAAGCAUAUAAGAUAGGUCUGGAGCUGAUGUCAAAUUCUUCAAAUGAAGAUAUUCUUGUUGUCAUGCUAUUCUCACUUUCAAAGUUGGCAUCCAUUUCUACACUUCUAACCUCCAAUCAUGUGGACUUCCUCGUUUCAUUCCUAGAACGACAAUUAACUUUGCAUGUACGAGAAACGGUCUUAAGAUGCAUACAUUUUUUAUUCAGAAACAAUCCAUCUCUAAAGCUUUACAGCAAUACCUCCUUUGAAGUCCCAGAUGGACAAUCCAUGGAACUCUCUCCAUCUGAAUAUGAAGCUUGGAAAGGUGAUUGGACAGAUGAUGAAAUGCUUGAACUGAACAAAUUGUUUUCGGAGUCUGAAGUACUUAACUGUAUAGUAUAAGUUACUAACACACUUAAUAUUGUUGAUGUACAUUUUUUAUUUUUAUUUUUAAAUUAAAAUUUAAACUUCUCCAGCAUAUUUGAAGUGCAAGCUGUGUUUACCCAUGAAAGAAAUGAAAUUUUACCUAAUAUUUGUUUUAAGUGUUAUUUAUUAUAAGUUGAAUUUUUGCUGGAGUAGAUGUG